UCAGUUAUCACUUACGAGUAAGUGCACCGACGUCCGACACAAAAUAUUAAUAUUAUUUAUCUUUAACACAUCGUUACAAGUAACAACGAUAAUUAAUAAUUAUCGUUAUUUGCGGUUUUUAGUUAUGAUCGGUCCGCCGUAAUUAUAUUUAUCAGACAAUAAUUGUAGUUUUCGAUCCACUUGGCCGACGUGAUUAACAAUAAGAGGUAACAGUACAUUGGGCAGUAGGCACUGUCGAGAAUUUUUUUUUUCAUCGAUUUUGCUCCGCGUCGAUCUUGAUACUUAACGAUCAGAUGAAUGCUGUCUUGGAGAUGGACGGCAUUUUGUCUCGAGAAAGUUGUCGCAGAAAUAACAGUUGUCAUUGUCGUCCGUCAACGACCAUUUUAUUAAAAUGAUUGGAUUGCCUCCACAUUCCACCCAACCGGACAUUGUAUGGCACCAAUGAUACAGGUUUACUCAUACCUUGUUUGACCACAGUGAUCGAGCCAAAUAAAUGCCUGUAGUUAUUCAUCGUUCAAUUAUUCAAAUGAUUAUUAAACCAGUAUGAGAUUAAACAUAAGAACUCUCUUUUUAGUUCUUUCUACUUUUAUUAUAAUAUGCACCGUGUCAUUGUGGUCAAAUUGCUCAAAUCAAACAUUUGAUACAUUUUCAAAGAAUAUCAAAUCCAAUUAUGAAUCAUUAGUUCAAAAUAUAAAGCCAAUAGACUGUCUCAUUAAUGGAAAUAGCGUUCAUGUGGAUUGCCUUAUAAAAAAUAGCACAGUUUAUAUUCCAUUUUCAUUUCUAAAAAAUUAUUUUGAGGUUUAUGGAAAAAUUAUUGAAACUGAUGAUAACAAAAAAAAGUUCCAUUGGUCACAUAGCUAUUCCAAAAUUUAUCAUCAGAAUGGAAAAUAUGACUCUCGAGGUGUAUUUACAAAUUUUCAAAAUUAUAAAGUUGAAGAAAGAGAUCGCGUGAAAUGUGUUAGUGCUUCUGAAGGAGUGCCAGUAUCAACUCAAUGGAAUCCUCAUGGUUAUUAUUAUCCAACACAAAUAGCUCAAUUUGGGUUGUCUCAUUAUAGUAAAAAUCUUACUUUACCAUCACCAAAAAGAAAGAUUUUAGAAAAUGGUCAGUUAAAUCCUUUAUGGAAUGUUCCUGAAACUUCAAAAAUACAAAUAGCAUUCAAUGCUCAAGUCAAUAGUAAUGUUAUUGAUUUUUUCAGUACUGAUAAACCAAUUUCAUUGAAAAUUGAUAGUAAAGAGGAAUUUUUCCUUAGUUUUGAUGUGGCUUUAUCUUUAUCAACACGUAGUAGUAUUGUUGUUACUAUAAAAGAUAUGAAGGAACAAAAUGAAGUAUGGAAUCUGCAUUAUAUAUGUUCUAGAACAUUUAUAUUUGCAAAGGGUCAUAAUAUUUAUCACGGAAUGCAUUGUAGUAGAGAGUUUGGCUGGAAAAAAUUGACAAGAAAUGUAUUAAUUGACUUGCAAAAGGGUUUACAUAUGUUAAAAAAAACAACAACAAAAAUAUUUCGUUCAAAAUAUAAGUUAUGUGAUUUUAAACUGUAUGGAGUUGGAUUCUUGGACAACCUAACACUUAGUUCUAGUGAUCAUAUAAGUCAAUUUUAUGCUGCUGCACAUUGGUUCAAUAAACAUCAAGACAAAGAAUCUGGUGGUUGGAUUAAUCCUGUUACUCGUAAAAUAUCUCCUGUUAUUAAAUCAUUAAAGCCAGGAUGGUUAUCUGCUAUGGGUCAGGGUCAAGCAAUAUCAUUGCUCUCCAGGGCAUUUCACCAUUCUGGCGGCAAUGAAGUAUACUUAAAUACAGCUCGCACUGCUCUAAAACCAUUUAAAAUUCCGAGUAAAAAUGGUGGCGUUUUAUCUAAAUUUAUGAAUUUACAUCCAUGGUAUGAUGAAUAUCCUACUGUUCCACCAAUAUUUAUUUUAAAUGGUUUUAUGUACUCUUUAAUUGGAUUAUAUGAUUUAUUUUCAUUGGCUCCUAAUGGUUCAGAGGUUUCGCAAGAAGCUUAUGCAUUAUGGAGACAAGGCAUGACAUCAUUAAAAAAUCUGUUACCAUUGUUUGACAUGGGUUCAAGAUCAGCAUAUGAUCUCAGACAUGUAACACUUGAUAUAGCGCCAAAUAUUGCUCGAUGGGAUUAUCAUGCUACACAUAUCAAUCAGCUAUUGUUAUUGGCAACGCUGGACAAUGCAACAGUUAUACAAACUACAGCUAAAAGAUGGAUUGGUUAUAUGAAUGGUGCCCGUGCAUCGCACAAUUAAGUUAUUGAUACUGAAAGUAUUGAACAUAAAAUUAGUAAAAAUAUAAAUAAGAAAAUGUUGGGAAAAAAGUAUGGCUGUGACAAUUUUUUUUUUCCUAAAUAUGUAGCAUUUUUAAUUAAUUUUAUAUUUUUAGAGGAAAUGUGCAUUAAUAAAAUAACUACAAUUUUUAAUUUAAAUAUUAAAACCAGCAAUUGACAGGAAAUUUAUCAUUUAGUUUCAGUGAAGUGGGUUUUUGUUUUGCUUUUGAAAUAAAAUCUUUAAUACUUAAUAUCAUAUCAUUAAAUUAUGUGGGAUUUGUCUCUAAAAAUAUCAAACAUACAAUAAUUGAAUUCUGAACUCAGUUUUUUUAUAAAGAUUUAUAAUUUAAAACCGAUACAUUUUUUUAAAUUUGGUUGGGUUGGUUAAAAGUUUUGUUUACACUAGUAAUCCAGUUAUUGAUUUUCGCAUAAUCAGUAUUAAAAAUAACAUAAUAUUACAUUUAUUAUGAAACAAUUUACAAAAUGUUAAAUUUUUUUUUUUUUUAAUUACUUUAAAUAAAUAUUUAUAUAGUUGCUGCUUUGAAAUAAUUUAAUUUGGAUUUCAAAAAUUUAAAAUAUAAUUAUUCUGUUAGGAUUAUUAUAGAAACAUGACAUAUUGUAAUACACUACAAGAUAAAUAUGUAAAAGUUGUUUUAUUCCUAUUUAUUUAUUUGUUUAUUUUUGAUUUAAUAUUAGUAUUAUUUAUACACACUUACUAUUAUUAUUAUUAUUAUUAUCGUAAGGUAAUACUUACUAUAAUCUAUAAUAAAUACUAACAAUAGAAUUAUUUCAUGAAUACAAAAUAUCAGGGUUCCUCUGUAUAUUAAAUAUUCUUAUUCAAGCCAAAUAUUCUGA